UAUUGAAACAUUUCAGUAAACAGCAAUUGUUCGAGAGGGCCUCGUAACUCCGAAUGCAUAUCACGAUUAAAACUUUAUCGUUUUCAAAAUGAGCACAGAGGCAGCGAUAGCUAAACACACCGAUUACAAGGUGUCACUGCGUGAUCAUCAGAACGUAGUCCGAGCAGAUGCUCACGAUACAACGGAAGUGAAACAGGGAACCUUAAAAUCCACCCUGUUCAUCCGCAUCAACCGAUCGUUGCUGGUCUACGUGCAACGAAAUGAAGAGUGGAUUGAGGUGAAGCGGGAAGAAGCAUUUUUCUCCGUCGGCCACAAGACACCACUCUAUCCGUGGCAUGUGUUCGGUGAUGGAUGGUUGCUGGUGAGAAAAAUCGAAGGAUUGUGUGCGUACCGGUGGUCAGAGGCAACGCUGCAGUUAGUGACAGUGAUCGCGGAAUACCACGAUGCAUUCGGGUAUGGGGACCCAGGCAGUGCUUUUCAUAUGGGGAAAAUAUUCCCUGUAGACAAUAGGAUUGGUGUAGUUACGCGCCUCAACUCGACGAUUGAGUUUCGUUCGAUUGAUCUGACGAAUGUAGGGAAGCCACUUCAAGCUUUACUUCACCCUCCGAAACUGGGCAUCGAGUGGACGAAACCAUCAUCGCGCAUCACACUGAUCGAGCAUGUCGACGAUAAGCCGCAACUGGCAAUCGCGUUGCGUACAGAGUCUGAAUUGCAGCUGUUCCGUUUCAACGAGCAGUACGAAUUGAAGCCUCUGGUGAAGAUCUCGAAAUUCCCAACGAUUAGCAAGGACUACGAUCGGCUUAUGUUCGCCAAUUUCAAUAACACAAAGUACAACGAUCUUCUACACUUUUCCAACGACGGUCUGAUGAUGUACCGCUACAACGAGACCGUUGACACAUUCGAGAGAGUACACUACUCGACGGCAUUUUCCAAGUUACGAGGAUGGACCGCAAAGGCGGUGGAAGCAAUCAUGACGAGCGAUAUUAAUGGCAACGGAAUGGAUGAGCUGUUUGGUUCGGGACCAAAAGGAUUGCUGGCCCUACGUCUGUAUCGUGGGAAUCUGGGAUUGGACUUUAGCAACAUCCUCGACAAUCACGUGGAAGAUCUAUCCAUUCGAUACGGUUUGAUAAAGUUCAUAGGAAAGAGAACUUCGUCAGCGAACGAGUUGGAGAUCUUCAUGCAAACUUCCAACGGGUUAGCCAUGGUUCGUACAAAGCCGUACACAUCGGAGGCAAAGCAUGUCGCAAGCUCGGAGCCAGCCCCACCGGAGUUUGAUUCCGUCGAAGAGUCAUCUGCAUCGACUCCGGAGGAGAACGUCAUCAUCAUCCCGGAGCUGUUCGCCCAAAGUUCGUACACACUGUGGCUUCACGAUCAGCUCGACCUGAGCACGCUACUGCAACCCUUCAAUCCCCACUCGGGAACGGUCGAGUUGACACUGCCACUGAUCGACAUCCGCAACCCGUUCGGUGUCGGUGUGCGAAAACUGUUCCAGUACAAAAACAUUGACUACAGCAACGAGCUGGGCCGGGGAUGGUCUUUCCCGUUGGAUUACAUUAUGGUCGAUCGCAAGAUGAGCGCCUUCAGUCAGGAUCACAUCUAUUCGUUCGUGAAGGACAAUCAACGGAUCAUUCUGAAGCGACUGCCCGCGGAGUAUGAUCCGCGAAUCGUUGACAUGUCGUUCGCGAUCGAAGGUUACGAUGAUGUCAAGAUCCGGUACAUCCGCUCCGGUGAUGUGUGGGAAGUGAAGAUCGAAAAUCGUACACUCCAGUACAAAGUGGUCAAAAACUUCCAGCUGCAGCACGUUUGUCCGUCGUGGCCGCUCUGUGGUCCGAAACCGACGGCGGUGGACGAGCAGGCAACGAUUUGGUAUCUCGUUUCGGAGACCGAUGGCAUCGGACAUUCCGCUUCGUAUGAUUACGAGCUGGUGAAGAAGGGUUCCGACAUCCGAUUAACGACGGUCGCCCUGAACGAUGGAUCGUUGGUGAAAUUGAGCUACGAACAAGAUCGUUUAUCAAGUUUCGCCAUUAACACGGUCAAGUAUGAGCAGCUGGUCCGGUUCCACUACACUGGCAGUGGCAGCAAUAAUCGUGUAUUGCAAGCCAUCACCCAAAGCGAUCGUAAGCUGUUCGAGUUUGAGUAUGAUCAGCAUGGUCGCCUAUCGAGCAUGGUGUACCCUAACGGUGUUGUGUGGUCCGCCGAGUACACCGAUCUACCAAUCGAUGCCUCGGCGUUGAAUCGAAAAAUUUUGAUCGGCCACACACCCUCAAUCUUCUACGGUCCGGACUAUAUGGUCGUUGUGGAUGCAAGCGCAGUGGACGGCAUCUUUGAGCUGCACGUACGUGAUCCGCUCGGUGGUAGGAGUAGCGCAAAAACGAACCAAACCAUCACAGUGGUCGCAAUGCCCGACUUCAAGAGCCACACUGUGCACGCACUCGAGCAGCUCAUGGUGGUGACGAUCAUGUACAAAGACAGCAAGGACAUCGCGAUCCUACAGUACAGCCAGGGCGACACGGGAGAAGGUUGGACACACCGGGCGUACCACCAUGACUUCCCGCUCAACGGUACGGUAACGGCAGGAAAUGCCUUUGCCCUCAUAUCGGACACCAAGGAGCUGCAUGUCCUCACCGUUUCCGAAGCGGGCAGCUACAGUGACAUCGUCGUGCGUUCCAAUCUACCGAAAAACUUUGCGGUGCACGCCUUUGCCCAUGGGUACGCUACGUUCGAUCAGACUAUGCGGAUUUACGUGCUGCGUGACGGAACAGGCUGGUUAGAGAACACCGCCAGCCCGAACUGGGACUCAUUUGCCGCGAUCGACCGGUUCGUUGAGUCGUUCGCUAUCGGCGACGAGUUGAAGGAUUCCAUUCGCAAGGGUUUGGUGGCGGACAUGCUGAGUAGCUACCGGCAGGCGCUGAUCCUGAAGGCACCGGUCUUUACUGGAUCACGGCUCGAGAUGUGGGUUCGGUUCAUCAUGCUCAAUUUGACCGAAGCGGUCACGGUAAGCGACUACUACACGGUGAAGCUGGAGUUGGCCGACAUGAAAACCUUCACCUACACGGUACGGACAGAGGAGAACGAUGCGUUCCACCUGGGGUACGGGCCGCACGAGAACAAGUACCAUCUCCGGGUGCGCAACUCGACCGGUCCGCAUCGGCAGGCAUUCGAGCAGCGCAGAAAGGAGGUGCAAGCGGAGAAGGCCAACAUGCACUACCGGGAGUGGGCGAAGCUGUGGAACGAUACGGUGGAAAUGUUGAAGGGCGAGUACGCCCGCAUCUACAAGACGGUCAAAGAUGCCGUCGUGUUCGCGUUGGAUCUGUCACAGUUUGGGCUUCUGACGAAUGCGGACGGUGUGCUGGUCGGUGGCCAUCAGAUAAAGAAUGACGGUACCAAUUGGAUCCAGCAGCGGCUGAGUGAAGACACACUGCGGAUGCGCAAAGUGGACAAACACCUGAUGGGUGACUACCGGCUCGUGAAGGAAAAUGUGGACGCAAACUUUAAGCUCGUCUCGAACGGAUCCCGUGCCGUGCUGUUCGAUACGGGUACACCCAAACCGCGGGAAAUUCAACUCGUCUUACCGGCGUACGUUCAAUCACAGCGACCGGAAACCCCGUUGCAGGUGUUUUUCUUGGAUCGCCAACGAACGGUCACGUUCCCGAAUGAAACGAUCAACCAGGCGAGUAACCAGCUGGCGAUAAUCACAACGAUCCGGGAGAAUGCGACCACUCCCCGCACCUGGCUCAUGUUCCGUUCGGUUAAGUACUUCAUCGACAGUCGCAUCACCGUGUUUGCCAAGCAAACGCUGACCGCACCCUUUCAGAAGGUGCCACUGGUGACGGAGCACCGGUAUGAUAUGCAGGAUCUGCAACUGUCCGCCGAUGGGUACGUGUUCCGCCGGUUGAAGCUACUGCCCGGUGGUAAACCGGCCCAGUUCGGUUGGUACGAGCAGAGCAUCGAUCUGGAGACGGGCACUACGCUGCGGAAAGCAUACGCGGCCGAUGGCCACGAAGUGUUGGAUCCACGUUUGCGGGACGAACAGAAGCGGAAACAGGCCGCCGAUCAGCGACCAUCGGAUGCCGAUCUCGAGCGUAUGAUCCUGGAUAAGGGAGGCCGAUUGCAGGUGCUCGAUCUCGGGCCCUAUCGAAUGGCGGAUGAAAUGGUUGGCUACUACGGUUUCGAGACGUACGAAAAGAACGCCAUCGGAGUCCAGAAACGGUGGAUGUUUGAUGGGAAAUUUAUCGCACGAGAAUCGGAAAACCGCUUUCUGAGGUUGAGCGGCCGGGAAAGCAACCUUAUCGCUACGUUCGAACCGGCUGAACCCAACACAACGUUCGUAGUGUCCUGCUGGCUGCGAACCCCGAAACCGGCAGUUGGCCAAACGUUUGACAAUCUGGGCGUUAGCGUGUUGGCGAAACCCGGGACAUCGCCGAUCCAAAAAGUCAUCUCUACAGCUAAUGCGAAGGUGAAACAUCAGAUCGGUAGCUGGAGCUACAUCGAAACCAUUCUCGAUGCGACACACUUUCCACCGGCCACCAAGCUAUCCUUCCUGAUCACCGUAACACCGUCCCAGGCGCACCCACAAAUCGAUAUCGAUCACAUUCGCUUCUCUCCCCUCACGAUGCCACUAGCGAUCAACGUGUACAAACCAAUCACGGGCGAGCUACGGGCGGUGCUGGGUACGGCGGGGCUCCCGCGGUACUGUUUCUACAAUCCACAGGGCAAAAAAUCGAUCAUGUUCUCGGAGCACGCCGAAGUGCUGGAGCUUUCGGUGGAAUCGAAGAUCAUGUUCACUCGCCAAAUGGCUGCCAGACCGUGCCUGAUCGAGCUGAAACCGCGCCGCAGUAAGUACGACGAUUUCGGAUCGGAUCGAUGGCGAACGACCGGUGUAGAAUGGAGGUUCGAGCAUGGAACGGCAACGUAUCACGGGUUAAAGAGUACAACCAUUUCCCGAAAGUUAGAUGAAAAGCCGUGCUCAUCGUUAAGCAUUCGAUUCGUGUACAAGCUACUACCACCACCCAAAGCGUCGCUAUCGUUCAGCUGGCGAGGGUUAACAUUCCCAUUGCAUUGUGGUGACCGCGGUGCGGCCACGGGAUGUACUCCAUCGUAUGGAGAGAUCCUCAUAGUUCUCAGUGAGGUUCGUGCAUCGAUCUGGUUGGAUGGUGUGCUGCUACAGGAGGCACUGCUGCAAAAGGCUAGUGACGAUCGAACCUUCACCCUGCACUCCACCGGACCGUUCGAGGUUAGUGAGUUUGUCGAGAUGUACGAUGCGCGGAUCAAGAUCACCUACCACAACCUAUCGGGCCAGCCAACACAGCUGGUCGUGUACGAGCAUCCGGACCGGGUGCGUGUACGGGAGAUCUGGUACGACGAAAUCGAACGACCCAUCAUGCAGACAAAGUGGACCCAGCUGCAUCGCACUGCAAAUGAGUCACAGUUUUUUGGCUUCUACGAGCGGUUUGCCAUCAAGAUGGAUAAUGCAACGGAGCGGUUAACUGGUGUGGUAGCUAAUCUGCACCCAACCUGCGAAGGUUAUCCCUAUUCGCGCACAAUUUACAGCGCCAAUCCGACAGACAGCAAGCAGAUUCAGGGACUACCGGGGAAGAUGUACGGAAUAACUGGCAAGUAUCGUAGGCGCUACUCGAACAGGCCACCGAAUAAGUGGCUGGAUACACUGUUUCCCCUGUCGGAGGGCUACCAGCACCGAGUGGUUGAGCAUCCGGGCGGUGCCAUUCGCCUGACGGUGGAGGACAAAGAUGGUAACAAGGUGGCCAAGUAUUCGAAGGUUGGUAAUUACGAUGAUCGGCUGACUACCUAUCGGUUCAACGAAGCAUCGAAGCUGGUGCAAGAGCUUCCCCCUCUGUACCACUCGAUGGCACGUACGAUGACUACCAAUGGGCCAUUCUUCCAGGCCAGUCAAAAACCCUCCGCCGAUCAGUUGAAGCUACAGAAGCUGUGGGAAGUGCGAAGCGAUUAUGAGAACGGAGGCCAGCGUAUGGUCCGCCGGCGUACACCGGACGGUGGUAUCACUCACUAUCUGUACGAUCGCUAUGGUGCACUUCGUUUCACGCUCCAUAAGAAUCACGAGGAGAAACUGGAUCGGGUGAUACACUUUGUGUAUGCAGCGAACGGUAAAGUGACCCGCGAAGCCCUCGUUAAUCUGACCCACGAGGAGUGUAAACGAAUUUUGGAUAGCAACGAAGACGUGCCACGAUCAAGCAACUCUAUCGAGACGCUAUACGGUGAGCAGGACAGCCAGCCACGGUUUCGCUAUCGGUCGCAGCUGUCCACGAGGUACAUCGGGGACGAUCAAAUGACCGAAUACUUGAUCUUUGGCGAGAGGGAUCUCCUGCUGAAGAAGGCGUACGUGGUGAACACGAUCAACAUGACGUACUCGAUCGAUUAUGAAUGGGAGAACGACAAGCUACGGUCAAUCGUGUAUCCGAUCAGUUUCGGCGACGUGGGCAGGCUGAAGCUCAUUCAUGAUUACAAUGGACACGGUGAGAUAAGCGCUAUCCGUUCAGAGACCAACGCGGAACCACUGUUCACGUUCCGGUACAAUGCCGAUGGAGUGCUGGAAAAGAUGAUCGUGGAGCCCGGUACUGUCCAUUCCUUCGCACGAAACUUCACUUACAAUGAGCCCGGCUUUUUGGUACAAAUCGAUGAUCCGUUCCUGAGUGAAAGGAUUAGCUAUCUGGAAACCGAUUCUUAUGGUCAGGAUAGUUACACUCCGAUCUACGAGGGUCUCAUCUCGCAGACUUUCUUCACGGCACACUGGCAACCGACCGUCGGGGCGCUUCGGAAUGGCAUUUUCCCGGAGUAUUUCGUAAAUGAACUGUUAAACUCCAAACAAGCAGCAGUUUGUUUCGAGGCUUUGAAACGGGCCGGUUACCUUCAGAACAAUCAGGUCAACAGGACGCUGUAUGCGGAGCGGGAUGAUGAGCUACCGCACAUUUGUGGUGAUCGAAUUCCGUUGAAUCAUCUGGCGGGAGUGCUGAGCGGCAGGAGCUUCCCGCUGGAGUAUGGCCAUCGGUAUGACUAUGAUGAUCACGAUCAGAUGAUGAAAGCCAAGUACUUCCACGGUAAGGAUGAGCAUAAGCUAACGCCCUUGACACACAAGAGCUUCGGUAGAGAGAUAACGGGGGUCAGCGAGCAGAACUCGAAAACGAUUUGGGAUGCAUUGACGUCGAACGAGUUCCUCACUACGGACUGCACCAAUCCGAGCUUGUGCCACGGUCGUCCUGGUAUGAGAUCGCUGUUCAAAACGUUCGUUCACCAACAUCGCUUCAGCCAGCAACUGGAGAUCAUGUUGUCACGUGCGAUCGCCGAUCGGGCAGGAGUGACUGAACAGGACUUUGAGCGGAAGUGCGAUCGGUGGAUCGAAGCAUCACACAUGGUGAAAGCUAGAUGUGAGGAGGCCAAAGCACUGCUAAAAAAACACGGCGUAUUGGGAUCCACUGCCGAAAGUCCACUGCGAGCACUGCAAGAGGAAUUUGGGAAUGCUUUGAAGGCAUUCCGCCAACACAUACCCGAUAUUGUGCGCGUGCUGACACAUCAUUUCGCCACGGGUCUCGGUCGAUCGGCUGGCGAUGUGCAAUCGUACGAGAUCGAUGCGAAUGGUAAUCAUCGAAUGUUUUAUACGGGCUUCACGCGCUACCGAAUGGAGUACCGCGAGGGUACGAACCAGAUCACCAAGGUCCACCGAUUGAGCUUCGAUCAAUUCCAGGACAAGGAACAGUCGUUCGAGAUGGAACAUAACAGUGAUGGAGCUGUCGUAAAGGCGGAACAUAAAGGCAUCAAGCACAUGGAGUACGACCGAAUAUUGCAUCGCGUGUCCAAGAUCGAGAUGAUGGACGGACGGAAACUAAACUUCCAGUAUGAUGUGCGAGGAGAGCGAACCUUCAAGCAGGUGCUGGAUGCCGAAGGAUCGGUUACGCAUGAAAAAUACUACAUCCGGGAUGCACACGGUAUCGUGUUGGUGGACAUGGAGAUGACCUAUCUGGCCAGUGAUCAACCGCCUGAUGUGCGGGUAACGAGCUACGUGUACAAGGAUCAACAGUUGAUUGGAUUCGUUCGGAAUGAUCAGCUGUACAGUGUGAUCACGGAUCAUGAAGGAUCGGUUCGGUUGGUGGUGAAGGACGGAGAAGUUGUGGCGGCAUACGAUUACCUACCCUACGGACAGAUAUUCCGUCGCUAUGGUACAGAUUUCGAUGGUCAGAUAUCGUAUCUUUACACGGGACAGGAGUGGGACGAAGACAUCGAACUGUACAACUACAGAGCAAGGCUGUACGAUCCCGACAUCGGGCGUUUCUAUCAGAUGGAUCCCAAGGAGCAGUACGCCAGUCCUUACGUGUACGCCGGGAACUCACCGGUGUCGCUGGUCGAUCCGGAUGGUGAGUUUGCAUUUGCCAUCACUUGCUUCAUUCUUGCCUUGAUAGGUGCCUACGUUGGUGCCUCGACAGUGGCCCGCUCGUGGAACCCAUUGCAGUGGGAUUGGAAAUCGAAAAUCCUUUGGCUCGGCAUGAUCGGUGGUGCCCUGACCGGUCUAUCCAUUCCAUUCAACAUGUCUGCCUCGGUGGCAUACUUCGUUGGGCUAGGGCUAUCGCUGACCACCUCGAUCAGCAUUAUGGUUUGCUCGGGCAUUACGCUCGCUUACUUCUCGAUGGCCGCCGCCAGUGGCAGUUGGAACCCGGCCGAUUUCGAUCUCACCAGUCCCAGCACCUGGAAUGCUUUACUGGGAGGCGUUGCUAUGGCCGCGUUCGUUGUAACAAAUCCACGAUCGUUGUACAAUUCCUUCAAAGCGAUAACGACCGCGCUGGGUCGGGCCCUGUUCGUCGCCACCAAAGUCACCAUGAGCGUAACGUUCGCGUACUUCUUUGCAGUGAUUAAAAUGGGCGGAGAGUUUGAUGUCAGGAAAUGGGACUUCACCGAUCCCGGGCUUUAUUACAGCAUGUUCGAUGCGUUCGCCAGCGUUACCUGCAUAAUGAUGGUUACGCGCAAUCUUCCGAAUACGGCUCGACGCUAUGUCAAGAAGAUCAGCACCUCACUGGACAGGUUCGCCGAAUCGCAGGUAUUUUUCCGCAUGCACCGCCUCAUGAAGGGUGACUGGUCGUCCAAGAUGGCUGGAAUGCGUUUCUUUCUCCGCACGAAUGCGCUAGCGAUUGCAAAUCUGCAACGGGGUAUCAUACCGAUCGCGUUUUACGCAUUCAUUGUAUCGCUCCGGAUUGGUGACAGCUUCGAGAAAAGUCCCGUGCCCGGCUUUUCGGUGUUGGUGCACAUCCUCAGCACUGCCGUCGCCACGAAAGGAUUCUCCAAUCGUAUCAUCAAACCCGCAAUGGGUCGAAUAACUAAUCAACCGCUAGCGUUGCCACUUCAGGGGCCACUGCCCCUACCGUUAGAUGAGGCCGACUAUGCGAACAGCAAUCGCACUUCUUCAUCCAGCGCUGGCAGGAUUGAGACCAUGUUCAACUGGUUCCACAUCCCCUACGAAUGGUUGUCUUUUGGUUCGCACAAGCCGCAGUCCAGCAACAACGUCCAUUCUAAACACGUGUCCACGACGAGAGGAAGCUCUAACCAGCAACGCGGUAAACCGACCUCCUUCAUCCAGAACUGUUAUCGUGUCAGCGAUCCAACGGAAGGAAUACGUGAUUACGUGAAAUGCUACUCCCAUAGUUCGACCGAAACGAUUCAUCCAAAACCACAUGCCAACCUGGAAGCAUCUGAUCACUACCGCAGCUGCAUGCCAAUCACCUACGCCGGAAUCCCUUCGAUCUCUUGCGAUGGAGAACAGUCCAAUCUUCUCUCGAUGCAGCUGCUGCCGCCAGCCCCGAAAGUGUUCGAUUAUCUCGACGGAUGGUUGAUGUUGGCUCGAGUCGCUCCGGCAGCUCUGCGCGAAGUUAAUUGCCUCGUCCAAACCGUUCUCCAUCCGUCGGUAGCGGCGGGAACUUCCGACGAGCAAACACAGCAGCAGCAGAAGGACGAACUAGAGCAAAGAUGCCAAUCGGUUUGUCGCCUCUCCGAGGCCGCUCUCGCUCGAUGGCGUAUGGAUUGGGUGAAACCGCUGCUGGAAGAUGUAAAGGAUGAUGUGAAAGAGUAUCUGCAGUACGGGCGAGGUAGUUACUCAAUGCUGCAGGAAAGACUCGAUGCUCUCGUAGACGACAUAGAAGAGGAGAUCGAUCUUCGGAGACAAACGGAGCAAACAUUUAGUUACCGGCCACAGGACACUUCAUUCCGAUCUUCUUUCCCUGUGAUGGGAUUGAUCGAUCUGGAACAUGGUUCCUGCACGAUAAAAGUUGACGCUACUGCUUCUUCUAAAGCUUGCUUACAUAUUGAUCGAUCGUUAGAAGUGAAAAGUUAGUGAUCGUAGUAUUUUUCAAGUUUUACUUUAUUGUUGUUACCAUUAUUAAUAAUAAUAUUAUUAAUUAUGUUCCUCUCAGCAGUGCUCUUUCGAUUUCGGUUUUAAGUUUCACCAGCACAUCCAUCACACCGCCCCACACAUCGUUCGAUGUUUGAAUUAUUAUCCCUCGCAAUACCAACCAAUUCUGUCGUAGAAUGGUGACGAUGCUGAACGGGAGAGGCGCACGCAUGUGUGUCUGUGUUUGUCGUCAAAUAAAUCUAAUUUAAUAAUUUAUACAUAAAGACACUGAAACACCUGUGCUCGAUUCGGGUGCAGAGAGUUCGAAAAGAUAUCGACCAUAUUCCUUACUUCUUCUUUCACAAACGAGCACUACUUCCACGAACGGAAUGGAAGCGGAGAAACGGUUACCGUGGAACCGGCCUAGCUCCAUCAUUCCAAGUUCUCCUUCUUCCCUCCUCUUGCAGGACACCAAUUUCUUGUACAUAUUCUACUCGCUAAUACUCGUACCACCAUCAAUGAUCAUGCUUCUUGGAACGAUUUCUACGAUUUAACCUAGUUUUUGGAGUACGGGGAAAACGGAAAAGUUACACAAAACCUCGGGCGUGCGUGUGCGUAAUGACAGUAAAUGAUCCCUCCUGACCGCUACCCAAUGCAUCCACGUACGAUCGAUUUAGUUGCGUAUAGUUAAAAAAGAAGUGAAGGAAAGCAGAAGUAUAUUUUUGUUUAGCUUAAAACAAAGCGCAGCCGGAAUGCGCCAAGGGGAUGACGGCCGCGGGUGUACGGUUGCCUCUGGCCGCUUCCUGGCUAAGAAAUGUUAUCAACACCCUUGUCGCAUAAGCACGAAUCAAUUAGCUAUUGAAAAGGUGGCUAGUAGCGCACCGGGUUCGUGUGAUCAUGGGCUUCUCAAGCACACACCUGAACACACAAGCGCAAAGCAAAACAGACGGAACGGAACCCAUUCUGCUUGCCAUGUGCUGCGACCAGACCCCAUGAAUGCUUCAGUUCCCCAGGGCAGCGAUGAUCCAUAAGAUAUUUUUUUGUUUCUUUUU